AUGCCUUUUGGAGUGACGAAUGCACCCGCUAUUUUCAUGGAUCACAUGAACCGGAUUUUCCACCCAUUUUUGGACAAAUUCGUUGUUGUGUUCAUUGAUGAUAUCCUUAUUUACUCUCAAAGUAAAAUGGAGAACGAAGAGCAUCUACGUCAAGUGCUACCAAUUCUACGUGAAAAUGAGCUGUAUGCAAACCCAUCCAAAUGCGAAUUCUGGCUAGAGAGGGUGAAUUUCUUGGGACAUGUCAUAUCAAAGGAAGGAAUUAAUGUAGAUCCAGCAAAGAUUGAAACCGUGCUCGCAUGGAAGCAGACUCAGACAGUCACUGACAUGAGAAGCUUCGUAGGAUUAGCUGGAUACUAUCGGCGAUUCAUUGAAGGAUUUGCAAAGAUAGUAGCUCCGUUGACUCAACUAACAAGAAAUGAUCAACCUUUUGCUUGGACUGAGAAAUGUGAAGCUAAUUUUCAGUUGUUCAAGAAGAAACUUACAACAUCGCCUAUCUUGAUUCUUCCACAACCUGAAGAGCCAUACUAA